AUGGCAAGGGAAACCAAGUUUCCACACUUGCUCUCUUGCACUCUUCUAUUCCUCCUUCUCUGCUGCAGCUCAUCUCUUGCAUCUCCACACGCCAUGGAUUUCCUCCAACCCUUGCUCCGAACCCAAAAGGGAAACCUAACCCAAGGCCUCUCCAAACUCAAGAGCCACCUCUCCCGCCUCGGAUACCUCAACACAAACACCAUUCACAAACCACACGACGAUCUCUUCGACGACGCUCUCCAACAAGCUGUAACAGACUACCAAUCCUUCUUCAGCCUCCCACCCACCGGCGCCCUCGACGCCGUCACCCUCGCCCACAUGGGGAAGCCGCGCUGCGGCGUCCCGGACGUCUUCCGCCCCAACAGCAGCGCCCACUACUCCUUCUUUCCCGGGCAGCCCAAGUGGCCGGCCGGGCGGAGGCACCUCACCUACUCCUUCCCGCCGGGGACCCGAGCCGACGCCCACAAGGCCAUCCUCGACGCCACCAAUAUGUGGGCCAGCGUGUCGCCCUUCACAUUUAGCUCCACCAACAACUACAACGCCGCCGAUAUCAAGAUCAGCUUCCAGUACAGGGACCACGGCGACGGCUCGCCCUUCGACGGCAGCGGUGGGAUACUGGCCCACGCCUCCGCCCCCACCGACGGGAAGAUGCACUUCGAUGGGGACGAGAGGUGGGUGGAUGGCGUGGUGGGAGGGGCGUUUGAUUUGCAGACGGUGGGACUGCAUGAGCUGGGGCAUGUGCUUGGCCUCCUCCAUAGCCAGGAUGGUGGUGCAUCGAUGUUUCCUCAAGUUGGGAGUGGGAUCAGAAAGGGUUUGAACAAGGAUGAUAUUGAUGGAAUUAGGGCUUUGUACUCAUUCUAACUAAAAUUAACUAUCGUCAGGAAAAUUUGACAACCCACAAAUAAAUUCUAAAGUGUAAAUUGAUCAACC